CCACGCAAGCCAUGGGGUGGGCGUAGAGGCGUGUCCUUCUUCCCGAAGAGAUGAGCGUGACUACGGGGCGCCUGGACCACGACUCGCCUCCAGGGGAAGGUCCUCGCCGUUUCCCGUGUUAGUGAUGACAACGGAACGGCAAUGCAGAGGCCGUUCAUUCUAAUGAUACCGCAAUCCGACCCACUCCAGACGGGGGCUGAGAUCAGCGCAGCGCCCAGUGCUUAGAGAAGCAACCAGACCUCCAUCGGCAAACAUCAACGGCUGCGUGCCCACCUGUGUGCCUGACCACGCGCCCGUGUUGUGGCUGGUUGCCAUGGUACUGGAAGGCAGUUCUGAGGCCUUGUGCCCCCCUCCCUCUCUGGAGCUCCGCCCUUCCUGUAACAAGAGCCAGCCCUCGGCCCCCCUGGGUUCCGGCCCCCACCCCCCUGAAGGCCUGUAUCCCGGAGACAAGGAGCCCGUUAAGUAUGGGGAGCUUAUUGUGCUGGGCUACAACGGCUCCCUGACCAAUGGGGAUAAGGGUCGUAGGCGGAGCCGGCUGGCCCUUUACAAACGGCCCAAAGCCAAUGGGGUGAAGCCUGACGUCAUCCACAACAUCUCCACCCCUCUGGUCUCAAAGGCCCUCAGUAACAAAAGCCAGCACAGCAUCUCGUACACUCUGUCCCGGAGCCACUCGGUGAUAGUGGAGUACACCCACGACAGCAGCAGGGACAUGUUUCAGAUCGGCCGCUCCACAGAGAGCAUGAUCGACUUCGUGGUGACGGACACGUCCCCCAGCGGGCACGGGGGCGGGGGCGAGGGGGGGCAGUCAGCCCAGAGCACCAUCUCCCGCUACGCCUGCCGCAUCCUCUGUGAACGCACCCCACCCUACACCACCCGAAUCUACGCCGCUGGCUUUGACUCCUCCAACAACAUCUUCCUGGGGGAAAGGGCGGCCAAAUGGCGGACGUCUGACGGCUUGAUGGACGGGCUGACAACCAAUGGGGUGCUGGUGAUGCACCCAGCGGCGGAGUUUGUGGGCGAGCUGGCGCCGGGGGUGUGGAGGGAGAUCUCUGUGUGCGGGAAUGUCUACGCACUGCGGGAGACACGCUCCGCCCAGCAGAGAGGAAAGCUGGUGGAGAACGAGUCGAACGCGCUGCAAGACGGCUCUCUGAUCGACCUGUGCGGGGCGACGCUGCUCUGGCGCACGCCGGCGGGGCUGAGACGCACCCCGACGCUGAAGCAGCUGGAGUCGCUGCGUCAGGAGCUGAACGCGGCCCGGCCGCAGUGCCCCGUGGGCUUCAACACGCUGGCCUUCCCCAGCCUGGCGCAGCGUGAGAUCGUCGACAAGAAGCAGCCCUGGGUCUACGUCAACUGCGGCCACGUGCACGGCUACCACAACUGGGGCUUCCGGCGGGAGCGGGGGGCAGGGCCGGGGGCGGGCGGGGCCGGGGGGUCGCUGGCGACCACGGGCGACCGGGAGUGCCCCAUGUGCCGGCGGGUGGGGCCCUACGUGCCCCUCUGGCUGGGCUGUGAGGGGGGGCUGUACCUGGACGAGGGCCCGCCCACCCACGCCUUCUGCCCCUGCGGUCACGUGUGCUCGGAAAAGACAGUGAGGGGGUGGAGCCAGAUCCCGCUGCCGCACGGCACCCACGCCUUCCAUGCCGCCUGCCCCUUCUGCGGCACCUGGCUGACCGGCGAGCACGGAUACAUCAGACUGAUCUUCCAGGGGCCGCUAGACUGAGGGGGAGGGGUC